CACUUAAAACUAUUUCGUUGGCAAUACCAGACGCCUCCUUGACGUUUUAGAAAUAAGGCCAUCACGUUGCAAGUAGAAUUUUCGAAUUUUUGCGAAAUUUAUACAAGGAGUUUGAUACAUUAUACUGGCGUUUAUAAAAUAUUUUCAAUAUAAAAAAAAUCAUUUCUAGUGUAUUGUAACAUUAAAAACUAGUUUAAGAAGUGCGUCAUGGACAAGAAUGGAGCAAUGGACAGGCGUUUCAGUUUAAAUAUGACAAGUUUACCCAAUCCAAUUGCAGAAUCAACAUGUGUAAAUUUGAAUGGAACCACAAGUGCUGUUACUGAAAGAAAUAGCGCUGUUAAUCAAUUUCGCUGGGGAGGUAGUCCUAUUAGUCCAAAAAACCGUAGUAAUUCAAGUCUUGGCAUAAACAGCAGCAGUGCAAACAGAAAUAGAGCUACCAGCCCACAGAGAACUAGACUGAACCUCAGUAAAAUUGAUCCAAGAACAUAUGCAGAUGUUCAAAGUCGUGGAUUGGUGUCACGUAUUAUACAAUAUCACGAAAGUGGUACGCGUCUGAACCGCAGUAAGUCUACUAGUAAUCUGUGCAGCAAAUCUGGUAAAUCUUCAAUAGCUCAACUUCAGAAAACUGAUUUACCUUACCGCGCAACACAGCAAAAUGUAGCAAUGACACGAAUUGCCCCACCAAAAAAAUCAAUCUUUUAUGGCAAUACAUUGUCGAGUUUACUGCGAUCGAAUUCUGUGAUUAGUGCUCAAAAGAGCGAUGAGGAAAUAUCAAGCGAAAAUCGCCCCAUUUUGCAUCCACCUCCAACAGAGAAUGAGCUGGCGCCAACGCGCAGUGUUUUAGAUGUUCUGAAAGAGAUAUCACGCAAACGUAUAAAUAGUGAUGAUUCUGAUGGAAUACCUGACGUCAAUAAAAAAUACUGUAGCCGCGAAAGUAACGAUACGUCGUACGAUCCGUCAACUGUUUCUCUUGGAGUUCGUUGCACAGGAAUGCAUAACAUGAAUCCUCCAUCAAUUCAUGUACCAUCACAAAGUUUUAAAAGGCAGCGCGAGCAAAUAGUGAUUCCUUCAUCCCAUACGCAAAACAUGAAUAGUGCUUGUGGAACUACAUUUUCAAGUGUACGUUUCCCAUUACAAGCACAACAUUCGCCAGAACAAAUUGCAAAGAAACGAUUGUGUAGUUUCAAUAACGAUAUAACCAGUUCACUGAGUUCAAGUCUCAUACAUGCAAACAAACGGAAAUUUUACGAACAACAACUUUCUAACAAACAGCGGUCACCACCAUCUGGUACGGAAGAGUAUGAGACACAAAAAUCGAAGAUGCAUCGUCAACAAUCCGAUCUGCGAUUCCACCAAUUAACUCAGAGUUUGAGUUGUAAUACACCAAUAACGCCUAUACCAACGACACCGUUAUCUCAAAGUACUAGCGUAGCGCCUAUUCAAAAUAAUAUAGUAAACGGCACUGACAGAUUGACAGAAAGGGGAGGUAUAGUCAAACGUACUGUGUCGGAACCACCGUUGUUGCUUAAUAAUCAAACGCAAAAACCGAAAGUAACGCUAUUCAAUCGUAACUACAAUGAAUCAACAAAACUUAGUACAUCUGAUGGUAAUAAUGGAGAAUUAUUAGACAAUACUAUUGCUGUGGAUGAUGACGAAUGUGCUGAUAUACAAUUCGUGAAGCCGAAAAAGAGCUCUACGAUAGUAAACAAGAAAAAUCCACUUAUUGAACGCACCCAAAAAUCAAAACUGGCUAUGAUGCUAAGUGGUCUGCGUGGAGAAAUUUAUCAAGGCGAAGAUGGUUUCGAUGAGGUGGAUAAAUUAUCGAAUAAAACUUUAGCUAGCCCAACAAAGGAGAGCAAUACCCCAACAGAAAAAGAUGUAUCCGUUAGAAAAGUGAUGACAUCAAUAGCUUCUACAGCAACCACAAUCACUACAAAAACUGCGGCUAAUUUUGCAAUAAAAAAUUCAGAUAAAUCUGUUAUAACAUCGACAAGUGCAUUGGUUCCACCAGCGUCAGCAUCUGAUAAUACUACAAAAAGUACUACCCUAACAUCAACUGUUGGGGUGUCAUUAAGCAGUUCCACACCAAUCUUAUCUAUGCCGGCAGCUUCAACAACAACUUCAAUACUUAGUGAUUUCCAAUUGGCACCCUCACUAGUUGCCACCAGCACCUCAGCUUCAAUAAAUGCGUCGCCAACAAUAAGUUCAACAAGUAUCGCUACAAAGACAGCAUCCCCAUUGGUCGGUCUAAAAUUAACCCCGCAAAAACCUAUUAUUAACUUCGGUAGCAGUACAAGCUCAUCCGCGCCGACAAUCAAUUUAAAUGCCACAACCGCAACCGCAACCACCACCACAACAUCUUCCGCUGCUGUACCGCAACUUCAGGGAUUUUCAUUCGGAGCCCCAACAAAGACCACUUCAACAACUGCAACACCAAUAACAAAAACUGAUGUUGUUACCUCGUCGGUUAGUGCUGGCGGAUUUAAAUUUGGAGUAACACCGAAGCCAGAAGUUUCAACGACGGUAACAACAGCGCCAGCUGUAUCUGCAUUUGGCAAUUUUGGAAACUCUAUGACAACAACAUCAACGCCAGUUUCUUCAGAAGCAGCAAAACCAGCAAUGGCGUUCGGUGCAAACGCUAUUAGUACAAGCGCAGCAGUUGCCAAGCCCACAUUUAAUUUUGGUGGCAGCAUUGCAACACCAGCUCUAAACGCAAAUACGACAGCUGCAACCACUUUCAACACUGUCGCCACUGGCACAUAUACCUUUGGCACUGCAACUAAUUCAACAACCACUUCAGCACCAUCGACAAUGGUCCAACCAAUUGUAUCUACAGCGCAAUCGGCAAGUGUGUUUGGUAGUAUUGCAACGACUAAUACUUUUAAGGGUACAACAGAGGCGGCUGCAAUACCUUUCGCUUUUGCCACAACCACUAGCACCGCACAGAACACCUCUGCGCCAACAACAAAUACAGCUUUUUGCUUUGGUGGCUCUACUGUCACUACAACAAACACCGGAGCGCCUGCCGCAACUGCCACUAAUCUUUUCGCUUUUGGAGGUCAAAAGUUGACUGCUGUAACCACUACUGCAAGCACUCCCUUUGGUUUUGGCGGUAAAAACCAAACAGCGGUUGCAACAACCUCUGCAACAACUACAAAAAACGCCAAUGUCAAUAAGGCGGCUUUCAGCUUCGGUGGCGAAGAAAAUAGUGUCGCAACCAACACGAAUUCUUCAAGCGGUAAUCUGUUUGCAUUUGGCGGUUCAUCCAAGACGAGCGAUAACAAGAUAUUUGGCACAAAUACUCCAGUUGCUAACAAUUUACAAUCAACAAGCGGCCACCCAAUUCAGCAGGCCGCAUUCACUUUUGGUGCGGCUGCUGCCCAAAGAGCGACUCCAACAUUCGGUGCCGUUAGCAGUGUUGCGUCUUCGAAACCUGCAUUCGGCUCUACUACAACAGCAGCAGCAACCGCUCCUUUUGCGUUUGGUGGCAGCAGUGCCAAUAAAUCAACACCAACAGCAUCGACAGGCGUUGCAAACAACGCCCCAACUGGAGGAUUUAAUUUUGGAGCAUCCAAUGCUGGUGCAAUCAAUGGCAGCAACACAUCAUCUACCAAUAUAUUCGGUGCGCCAACACCAACGCCGUCGACAGCCGGCACCAGCAUUGCGAAGCCUCCAUUUAACUUUGGUGGUGCAACAACAAAUAACAGCGAUAAAUCUAUAUUUGGCGGUAGUGCAACGAGCAGCACCACAAACGUCGCCAGCAGCAACAAUGCAUUCGGUGCGGUCACAGGUGCCAAUAAUAAUCAAACGAAUAAAACGUUUAACUUCGGCGGCCCUACAACGGUCAAUAGCAACAACACUUCAUCGAAUCUAUUCGCCGCAGCCGGCAACAAAUCGACAGUCGGCGGCUUUUCUUUCGGCACUAGUACAAUGGGUAAUAAGCCACCAGCUGUUGCAUCUAAUGCCACACCGUUCGCAUUCGGUGGUGGAUCAACAAACGGCGGUGCAACGGCUACCGCCAUCGCAGCACCGUUUAGUUUCGGCAGCAGCACGGGAGGAGCGCCAGCUAACAAAACAUUCUCUUUUGGUAGCACCGGCAAUGUUUCAGCGCCGCCAGCAGCAAACGUAAGUAGCAUUUUCGGCGGCGCCCAGCAAACUUCAGCAACGGCCUUUAGUUUCUCAGCAGGUGCAUCAGCUCCAGCUGCACCUUCAAUUGUGACAAAUAUAUUUGCACCACCCACCGCACCUGCUGGAGCUGGGCCGAUUGGUGGGGGUGCUGCAGCAACUGAUCGUCCCAUACGUCGCGCUACACGUCGGUUGCAGAAAACUUAGCAACCAUAAGAACUAAUUGACAAAGGAUAAAUGUUAUCAUCCUAUAGCUAAAAAUAACGGUUAUAUUUAUUUAAAUAAUUUAACAAUACAUAUUUUGCAAACAUUUGUUAUUGACGGUAUAUAAGCUAAAAAUAUAAGAGUCACAUAUUUUCGUUACAGCAAGAUUGUUUAAGAAUAUGAAGCUAAGCAAAAAUAAACCAUAAAGAAAUUCAAUAAAUGCGACUAUAUACAACUUCAAAA